CAGCUCCUCAUGUCUAAUCGAACCAAGAGGAAGCUUGAGAACUUCGACCCAAACGCCUCCGAUCCCGAGGAUCUGGAUUGGGACGCCGCCCCCCAACGCGCUUCGCCCCAGAAACGUCGCAAACGACCUACUUCGGCCGGCAGACGAAAGGGCGCAAAGCGCCAGCGCCGCGGCUACUCCGGUUCCGACGUCGAUGAGGACGACGAGAUUCUCGACGACGACUCCUUCACCGACCGCACAUCGUCCGAAGAGCCCGAAGUCAAUCCCGCCACCGGCAGAAGCGUACGCCGCGCCACCAAGAAGCAGAUUACCUACGAGGAGAGCGAAGAAGACGACGAGGACGAGAUUCAGGACUCUGAAUCUGAACGGGACGAACUCGCCUCUCCCAUCCCCCGCCGCAACAAAGCUCAACAGAGCAUCGAACGCCCAUCCUUAAUCGUCAAGCUCAAAAUGGCCCCAACCGGCAGGGCUUUGCGCACUCGCCAAGGCAGCAAAUCCAUCGCUCGCGGGAAGACGCCCGAAGUCCAAGGUACCCGCCGCAGCAACCGUCUUUCCCAUGAUAUUGAGGAUCCCAUAAUCGCAUUGUCCGACUCUGGCAAGCAUGUCAACAUCGUCCGCCAGGGUACGCGUAGCCCAGAACCCACCGUGUCCACCCGCGCCACGAGGGGCAACAAGGGACUAGUCCAGGCUCCUGAGCACAGCGCUAUCAUGGAAGCCUCACAGGAAGAAUCUGGCCCCCGUGACGACAGUGAUGGCCCCAUCGAAGCUUUGCUUGCCGACGCUGCCAACUCACCUCAGGUCAAGGCUAGUGAGGAUCCUUCGUUGGAUCACGAAGAUCGGGACGCAGAAGAUGAUGGCGAAGGCGACGACGAAAUGACUGGUGUGAUCCAAGAAUCUCAGCACGAUGUCGCGGAAGACGACUCGGAAGAAGAAGAAGGCCCAGUCACCCGGGGCGGCCGAAACAUCAGGACUACUCGUGCCAAGUCAGCCAAGCGCAAACGCGGCGUCGAAGAGAGUAGCGACUUCGAACCUGCCGGCGAUGAAGACAAGGAAGAGGAUGAAGAGGUCUCUGAGCCUGAAAAGGGCAAGAAGCAAUCUGCUACCUCGGAUGAAAGUGCCUCUGGCUCGGGUCGACGAUCUAUACGCAAUCGCAGACGGACAACGCGAAGUCGACGACGAUCAGAGUCAUCCGACCGAGCUUCUUUGUUAGAUGCCGACGAGCUGGCAGAAGAAGCGCAUGAGCUGCAAUCAAACAAGCGUCGCAGGCAGACGAGGCGCACCCUCGAUGCCGAUUUGGUCUACGAUGCGCCCGCCAGCCGACGUAAACGAGUUACCAAUGUGGACUACCGACUUGUGCGCCCGGAGCAAAACAAACUCUUCGACGAGGACGAGAAUGCUGUUACCGUAGCAGAACAAUCUAGACCCAGAGGCGGACGAUCCACCUAUCGCAGCCUUUUCAGCAACCAGGGGCCAUUUGGUGGUGGUCUCGAGGCUGGUUUGAACUCUAAUGCUGCUCUAGACUCCGACAGCAGUGAUGAAGAGGUGCAAAAGAUGCCAAAGCCUUUCGGCGGCGUAGCCGGCAUGACGCCAACCACUGCCACAGCACCAGGCUUUCCCAUGCCACAAACUCACAACGCCGACCCACAGCAAACGGCUGGCGCUGGCGGAGGACCCGCCAAUCUAGGCAAGGUGAAAGACAAGAAAGCCCUUGCAGACGCUGAUCCGUUGGGUGUUGACACCAAUGUCACAUUCGAAGGUGUUGGUGGGUUAGAUGAUCAUAUCAACAAGCUGAAAGAAAUGGUCAUGCUACCACUCCUCUACCCUGAAGUUUUCCAGCGAUUCAAAAUCACACCACCGCGAGGUGUGCUCUUCCACGGUCCACCAGGUACCGGUAAAACCCUUCUUGCUCGUGCUCUUGCGUCCAGCGUGAGCAAUCACGGUCAAAAGGUCACUUUUUACAUGCGCAAAGGCGCCGACGCUCUGAGUAAAUGGGUGGGUGAGGCUGAAAAGCAGCUUCGAAUGCUGUUCGAAGAAGCGCGGAAGACGCAGCCUAGCAUCAUCUUUUUCGACGAGAUUGACGGUCUCGCGCCCGUGCGAUCUAGUAAACAAGAGCAAAUUCAUGCUUCCAUCGUUGCCACGUUGUUGGCUCUCAUGGACGGUAUGGACGGACGAGGACAGGUCAUUGUCAUUGGCGCUACCAACCGGCCGGACUCCGUUGAUCCGGCACUUCGACGACCAGGUCGUUUCGAUCGGGAAUUCUACUUCCCUUUACCCAACGUCGCUGGCCGAAAAGCUAUUCUUGACAUACACACGAAGAAUUGGGAGCCUCCCUUGGAAGACACCAUGAAAGACCAACUAGCCGAGAUCACCAAGGGCUAUGGAGGCGCCGAUCUUCGAGCUUUGUGUACAGAGGCCGCAUUGAAUGCUGUGCAAGGGACCUUUCCUCAAAUCUACACAUCCGAGAAAAAGCUCCUGAUCAAGCCAGAAGAAAUCAAGGUGCUCGCCAAGGAUUUCAUGAUAUCCGUCAACAAAAUGACGCCUUCAUCUCAGCGAACCGUUACGUCCAAAGCGGCACCGCUGGCCAAGAACAUCGAGCCUCUUCUACGCGUUGCACUUCACGAGAUCGUUGCUCGUAUCGAUGAUCUGAUACCUCGCCGCAAAAAGCUCACGGCUCUUGAAGAAGCCGAGUACGAUGAUCGCGACGACGCGAAGGGCUUUGAACGUGAGGCCACUAUGAGAAAUUUCGAGAGCAGUCGGAUCUUCCGUCCACGCUUACUGAUUAGUGGUUUACAGGGUAUGGGCCAGCAGUAUCUAGGUGCUGCCUUGCUCAAUAAACUUGAAGGUCUUCAUGUCCAAUCCUUCGACCUGCCGACCAUUCUGGAAGAUCCCACCCGAACACCGGAAGCUGCUGUAACCCAACUCUUCACAGAAGUCAGGCGCCAUAAGCCCAGUGUCAUCUACAUACCGCACGUCGAUGUUUGGUAUGAAACUCUUCCAGGGCCCGCCAUCAAGACUUUCAAGCUCUUGAUGCGUAGCAUCGGUGCAAAUGAGCCCAUCUUGCUUUUGGGUGUGAUGGAACGGAUGCACGACGAGGAAGGACCGGAUCCACAGAUGAUGGCAGACCUUUUCUCGUUCUCGAGGAACAAUCAGUAUGAGCUGCAGCGACCGACGGAGCUCGGCCGUAAUGAAUUCUUCAAGAACGUCGUCCAGUACAUCCGUAUGUCUCCAGCAGAUUUUCCGGAUCCAGACAACCGAAAAAAGCGGGUUCUCCCCGAGUUGCCUCCUGCCCCGGUCGUGGAACCAGUCAUUGAUCCGAAGGAGAUCGCGGCUCGCGAGAAGAUGCAAAAGAAGCAAGAUCGAUUGACACUAAACAAACUCAAAAUGGUUAUUCAGCCUGUUAUGGAUCAACUGAAGAAAACUUACCGCAAAUUCUACAAACCCAUCAUCGAAGAAGCUUGGUAUGCCUACCUCCUUGCAGAAGAUGAUCCGAACCACAUAUCGACGGACUUGACUCACGAUGAACUGCUUGCACAUGCCGAUGAGCGGCCUUGGGCGCGUGCCACGGACGCUCGGGGCGUCGGUGUUCUUCUGCAUAUCGCGAGCGGCAAUAUCUACUACAAUCUCGACCUCACUACUAUUGAGAAACGGCUAUCAAAUGGAUACUACAAAAGACCCAAAGAUUAUCUAUUCGACAUCAAGACAUUGGCCAAAGACGCCAAGACUUACAACGAUGCAGAGAGAACUCUGAGAGCGAAUGAAAUGCAAGCAAAUGUCGAGGUUGACAUAGAGACUAUUUACUCGCAGAAUCCUGGCUUGAAAGAACAAUGCGAAGCUGUGUAUCAGCGCGAGCUCGAGCGCGCACGCAAAGCAAAGGAAAAGCAAGGAAAAGACGUCGCCAAGGCACAUCCGGGAGAAUCUGGCGGAACUGCAUUGACGUCUGGGCCCAUAACUCUCGGCGAGGUGGUUCCUGAUGAACCAAUCAAGCCCGAUGGCCAACCCACCGAUCCCCAGGGCUCACUGACAAAUGGCACGAGUACCAACGAAGCCGACCAUGCAUCGCAUGAGAAUGUAUCCCCAGGUCACUCGCGAACUGGUGAAGAUGUGCACAUGGCGGAAAGUCAAGAUGUCCCUGCGGAUACGCAGCUUGCAUUCCAAACACCCAAUCGCCCAGGGACCCAAACCCAAAGAUCUCAGAUGUCUGCGCGCACCUUUAUGGCGCCCAAUUCAAACCCUCGUGACUAUCAGAACAGUGCCUCGACGACGAACACAUCCGCACAAAAAACGUCCAGUAGAUCUUCUGGUAAUCAAUUCAAUACACAGAGCAGCACCGCUGGUGUCGCUCCGGCUGGCGUUCCUGAUCUAGCAGAGCUGCUACCCAGUGGCUCCCAGCCGAUCCCUGAUACGCAGACACUAGAUCCUCCACAUUAUCAGAGCAGCCAGUUCUCUAAUUCGGAGCCGUCCCAAUCAUCACAGCAGAAUGCCAUGCGCGCGCCUCCUCCACCACGCCACACCGCCAAUAUCAACGAUCUACUCAAUGAUACAACCGAGCCUUCGCCGCAGCUGGUCCUCGACGAGAAUGUGCUGAGCGACUUCCAUACCAUGAUUGUUCGCAAGUCCUCCGGAUGCUCCGUUGAACAGCUUGAGCAAGUCAACGCCACUCUCAUGGACGCUAUUUGGAAGCACCGAGCCGAAUGGAACCGCAAUGUCGUGCUCCACAACGCCACUGCCGCCUUCAACGACAUCAUUCUCGAUAUUGACGAAAUGCAAACAAUUCUUCAUCCCACCCAGCCCAAGAACCAGAACCAGAUAUACGACGAUGAGGUGACGGCAGAAAAUGUGCGUCCUCGAUACGCUCGAGACGAAAGCACGCGACAAAUGCCGCCUUUCGCGGGAAAGCAGCGCGCACCGUACAGCGCGCAUGCUUGGGACGAGGGUUCGCAGCAGGCCCAUUUCCCUGGUACCCAGCCGCCGCCGCCGCCCUCGCAGUAUGACAGCCAGAUUGCUACGCAGUAUGGGGGUGGGUCGGGGCGGCAGCCGCAGAGUGAGUAUCGAGGCUCGGUGGAAGCUUCGCAGUUCUCAUGA